AUGACUACCGAUUAUCACCGAUAUUUGUCUAGUUUUGUUGGUAUCACUGCCCAAACAAUUGACAUUCUCGUCGAAAAUGGUAUCGAUUCGGUGAACACAUUGCGGGCCAUAAAUAUGGACGAAGACUGGCAUCGAUUGCCGACACAGAUAUCGAUUGGUCAGAAAUUACUAUUACGACAAGCAUUGGCCACACUAUCAGAUAUUACCGACGAUGACUACGACGGUAACAAACAAGAAAUAACUGCGAGACGAUCGGUAGCUAACAACAGGACGGACACAGUUUUGGAUAACAAUAGGAAGUCGUGUAAAGAAAUUGAGUCAAAUAGUUGUCAACAAUUACUUCAGCAGACGAUAGAUGCAAGUGAUCAGCAAUUUGUCUCAAAUGACAAACACUGUAAUCAAUCGCUUAAUACUAAACGACUACUCCGUUGCCAUAAGAAAGAGAUUCAUAUCAUCGAUAAUAUCGAAAAAGAGAUUAAUGCGAAACAAUCGGUAUCUAAAAGUCGGUCUAAACUGUUGACCAAUUUGAACGACAAGAUGGACACAGUUUCUGAUAGAAAUGAUAAGCCGUAUAACUAUAAUGAUUUGGAAAGUGAUAAUCAAUUUGAUGGUCACAUCAAUGGUAACCUAACGAUGUUAUCAAAUAAUGACUUUCAUCGACAGGCGUUGGCUAAACUCGCAGAUGUCAUCGAUGAUGACUUUGGCAAUAAUGACAAACAAGAGAUUACUGUAAAACAAUCGGUAGCUAACAGACGAUCUAAACGUAUCAUCAAUUUAAAGGAGAAAAUGAAUUUGCAUAAGAAGUCAUAUAAAGAUGUUGUGGCAGACAGUGGUAAACAAUUUUGUCAUCAAAAGAUUAUUGCAACUGAUGGGCGAGUUAUCUGCCAUUACAAAGACUGUAAUCAAUCGUUCAAAAAUAAAUAUAUAAUGCGUCGACAUCUCAAAAAUGUUCACUCGACUGAUCGGCCAUUUGUUUGCAAUUACGAUGACUGCAACAAAUCGUUUAAACGCAGAGGAGAUAUUAAUGAACACCAAAAACAUGUCCACUCUUCCGAUAGACCAUUUGUCUGCAAUUACGACGACUGCAACAAAUCGUUUAAACGCAAAUAUUAUAUGCUUUAUCACCUAAAAUAUAUUCACUCGACUGACAGACAAUUUAUAUGCACUUACGAUGAAUGCAAUCAGUCGUACAAAACCAAAGAGUAUUUGCGUUAUCAUCAGAAAACGGUUCACUCGACUAAUCGGAUAUUUAAGCAAAAAGAAAAACUAAUUAGACAUCAGAAAGAGGAUCAGUCAACUGAUUGGCCAUUUGUUUGCCAAUACAAAGGCUGCGACAAAUCGUUCAAAGAAAAACAAACUCUAAUCGGACACCAGAAAUGUGUUCAUCACUCAUCUGAUCGACCGUUUGUAUGCAAUUACAAUAACUGCGAUAAAUCCUAUAAAUUCAAACAACAAUUGGUUGAACACAGGAAACAGAUUCACCAAUAG